CUAGGAGAUCGAUCAAAUAAAAAGUGCUAGUGCUGGCUGGCUAGCUAGCUGACCACAAGACGGCACGAGAGAGCAGUACGUACAGUAUAUACGUAGCUAGCAGCUAGGUUGUCCAGAGAGAGACAUCUAUCCGUCAAGCGAUCGAUCGAGCCUGUACCUUAUUAUAUAGCACUAGCAGCUAGACUAGUAGUCCCUCCCGCCUUGUACGCGUCUGCAACCUGGAGUACUAAGCUAUUGUCCAUGCACACUACUAGGAGCAUGUCGGCGCUCGCGGUGGCGGUGUCUCUGCUGCUACUGCUGGCGGCGAGGUGCCAUGGGUACCAGUACAACGCGACGCAGGGGCCGCUGGUGACGGCGGUCAUCGUCUUCGGCGACUCCAUCGUCGACCCCGGCAACAACAACGGCCUGCUCACGCUCAUCAAGGCCAACCAUCCACCCUACGGCAAGGACUUCUUCAACCAUGAGGCCACCGGACGAUACUCCAACGGCCUCAUACCCACUGACCUCAUCGCCCAGGGGCUUGGUGUCAAGCAGCUGCUUCCGGCGUACCUGGGCGUGGAUCACAGCCCGGAGGACCUCCUCACCGGCGUCAGCUUCGCGUCCGGCGCCACCGGCUUCGACCCUCUCACCCCGGUCGUGGUGAGCGUCAUCUCGCUGGAGCAGCAGCUGUCCUACUUCGACGAGUACCGUGGCAAGCUGGUGGACAUCGUCGGCGAGGAGGAAACGGAGAAGAUCAUCGAGGGAUCGCUGUUCGUGGUGUGCGCGGGGACGGACGACGUGGCCAACACCUACUUCACCACGCCCUUCCGCAGCGUGGAGUACGACAUCCCCAGCUACGUGGACCUGCUCGUCUCCGGCGCCGAGGCCUUCCUCAGGAAGGUGAGCUCCAAGGGCGCCAGGAAGAUCGGCUUCGUGGGGAUGCCGCCGGUGGGGUGCGUGCCGUCGCAGCGGACCGUGGGCGGAGGCCUGAGACGGGAGUGCGAGCCAAAGCGCAACCAGGCGGCGCAGCUGUACAACGCGAGGAUCCAGGACAUGAUCGGCGGCCUGAACGAGGAGCCGUCCUUCACCACGCUCGUCGUGUAUAUGGACAUCUACCGCAUCCUCGACGACCUCAUGGAGAGGGGACAGAGGUACGGCUUCACGGAGACCACCAAGGGGUGCUGCGGCACGGGGAUGAUCGAGGUGACGGGGCUCUGCGACAGCAGGUUCGUCUCCGUCUGCGACGACGUCUCCCAGCACGUCUUCUUCGACAGCUACCACCCCACCGAGCAAGCGUACAGGAUCAUCGUCAACGACAUCUUCGACAACUACAUCCAAGUAAUCAUGUGAUCGAAGAGAACGAUCGGGAUAUUAUGCAUUCAAUGCAUCUAUAUAUAUACUAAUUGCAUUGCAUGCAUCAGGGAUCAAUUAAUCAUCCAUUCAUCCAUAGAGUUAUCUAUUUAUCUAUUUAUUUAUUAUCAAGGCAAGGCAACAACGCUGGCUCAUCGUAUCCGGAUGUUUGCUACUCCAAGAUAUUGUUAAUCGAUAAGUACAAUUGUUUGCUACUC